CCAUCCCUCUCCCCUCUCAGCUCUCUCCUCCAAAGAGGAUUUUUUUUUCCUUUUCUCACUGUGCCGGCCUGGAGAGGAGUGAAGGAGCGGAAAGAGGAGCAAGAAGAGAGGAUUUGCUGAUCCGAGGAGAGACGGACAGGGGAGAGGGACCAUGGCUGCUCUCUCUGCCUUGCUGAAGACCUGGGUUAUACUGCAGACCUUGUGCCUGGCUCUGGCCCAAGUGAGGGGUCCACCUGGACCUCAGGGCCAGCCGGGCCCACCAGGCCCCUCUGGCACUCCUGGGUCAGAUGGCAUUGAUGGAGACAAAGGACCUUCAGGCCCCCCUGGACCACCAGGGCAAAAGGGAGAGCCUGGAGAACCAGGUCCAGAUGGACCACCGGGGGAGAAUGGCAUAGAUGGUUUGAUUGGAGCAAAAGGAGAUCGUGGCCCAAUUGGUAACCCAGGCACAAAGGGUCAACCAGGUCCAAGUGGUGAGCCUGGACCUCCAGGACUUGGCCUUCCAGGUCUGGCUGGGGCUCCAGGGCCAAUCGGUCUCCCAGGUAAAAUUGGACCAAUUGGACCAAAGGGUAUAAUGGGAGCACCUGGACCUCCAGGACUCCCCGGACCUCCUGGCAAGCCAGGUUCUCCAGGAAAGUUUAUUGGUGCAGAAGAGGGCAGUGCAGACAUCCAGUGUCCUCUCACCUGCCCAGCAGGACCCAAAGGCCCCCAGGGACUGCAGGGUGUCAAGGGACACAAAGGACGUGCUGGUGUUCUUGGAGACUCUGGAAGCAUAGGAAAAAUCGGCCCCAAGGGAGACAUAGGCAUCUCUGGGGAGCAGGGAAUUCCGGGACCCCCGGGUCCAAUGGGUCUGAGGGGUUAUCCAGGAAUGAUGGGUCCCAAAGGAGAGGCAGGACCUCGUGGUUACAAGGGCAUCAACGGACCUGUAGGAAUUCCUGGGCCUCCUGGUGAGGAGGGACCUCAGGGACCACCUGGAGAGGCAGGAGACAAGGGAGAUAAAGGCAGCCAAGGCAUCCAGGGCCCACAGGGAGCAGUUGGCAAAAAGGGAGAGAACGGUCUGCCGGGUAUUGAUGGAAAAGAUGGCACACCUGGCAUUCCUGGAAUCAAGGGUGCUCCUGGGCAGUCUGGGAUGCCUGGUCCUCCUGGUCCUCAGGGAGCAGCGGGAUUACCUGGCACUCCUGGAGCAAAGGGGGGACCUGGAGAUAAAGGGGAAUCUGGACCCAGGGGCCUUGCUGGGAUGUCUGGUGCCCCUGGACCUCUGGGUGAGCCUGGUAUUCCUGGCGAGCCUGGUAUGGAAGGAGUCCCUGGGCCUAAGGGCGACAGAGGCCAGCGGGGAGAGGUUGGGCCACAGGGCAUAGUCGGCAAGCCUGGAAACAAAGGAGAAAGAGGGCCCAUUGGUGUCCCAGGUGCACAGGGUCUUACUGGAACAAAAGGAGACAAGGGCUUCCAAGGCAAAGUUGGCUCAAAAGGGGAUGUAGGUGACCCUGGUGUUGAGGGAUUGGCUGGCGAAAAAGGCGAAAAGGGCAUGUCUGGUGAACCUGGGCCCAAAGGACAGCAAGGAAUUAGGGGUGAAAGUGGACAUAAUGGACCCACUGGGGAUCCUGGUCAACCAGGGGAUCAGGGAUCACCAGGACUACCGGGUCCAAGGGGACUCAAUGGCGAGCGCGGAGUACCCGGCAUGCCAGGCAUUCAGGGCUCACCAGGACGUGAUGCGUCCGACCAGCAUAUUAUCGAAGUGGUUUUGAAGAUGUUGCAGGAGAGGCUAGCAGCAGUGGCAGUCAGUGCCAAGAGGGCUGUGCUUGGUGGUGCAGGUGUAAUGGGGCCUCCUGGGCCCCCUGGUCCUCCAGGGGCACCUGGUCCUCAAGGUCCACAUGGAUUACCUGGUCCACGUGGCAUCCCUGGUAUAAUUGGGGCACCUGGGCAGAUUGGAAACACAGGACUUAAAGGAAAGAGAGGGGCAAAGGGAGACAGAGGGGAUCCAGGUAAACCUCACCCAGGAGCACCAGGACCCCCAGGAAUACAAGGUCCUCCUGGCAUUGAUGGUGUGGCUCGGGAUGGCAGGCCUGGCGAGAGAGGACCUCAGGGGGCAGCCGGAGAGGCCGGCCACCCUGGUAAGGCAGGCCCUCCAGGUCUUCCAGGAUUCUGUGAGGCGGCGAUGUGUCUGGCUGCGUCGGCGUACACCUCGCCGAGACUACAGGAGGCAGGAACGUUCAAAGGACCCAAUGUUUAGAGACCUGUUUCUCCAUCAGCAGCUCACAACACCCAGGAGAGAAGGAAGGAGAGAGACCAUUCUUCUUAGUUGGACAACAUCAAGAAUGAGAGAUGGGGGACAAUAAUAGCAUGGUGACUGGAUGUAUAGCCCCCCCACAUACCACCACCAUCCCUCCCACUAGAUCUGACAACCUGAAGUUUUGACUUGUGGGACAGCGUGAUCUUAAUCACCCCCAGCAUCACCAUGACAACAGCAGCUCACAGCCUCCCACAUCUUUCUGAAUUCUCCAAUGUUUUUGGAUGAUGUCAGUGUCAGUCCCAUCCAAAUAUCCUGUCCUUGUUCCAGCAGCGAGAGAGGAGCAGAUUCAUCCCUUUGUCUUCCACCAGAACAGUCUGAGCUGAGAGGAGCUGAAAUCCAAACAUGGUGAAGGUGUUUUUAUUUUACACCGUGGUCACUUUAAAUGGUUUUUAUAUAGAAAAGAUUUUGUUUUGUUUUGUAUAAAUGCUUUAUCUCUCUUGCAACAUCACACCUGAAGCCUUAAAAAUGUACAAAAAGGACCAAUAAAUAAUUGCAGCCUUAAUUUUUCACUCAGUACUGUAUCAUAAAAUGUCUUUUACCUGUAAGCUUGAGUGAAAUCCUUGAUUUAACUUGUAUACACCCCCCACCCCCAAUCCCCCGCUUUCUACCUAAGUCUCAUUAGAAACUAACGACUAGCUUUAUCUCCUCCUCUUGUUGCCUGGCAACAGCAUAUCCCAAUGGGCACUCCCGUCUCCCACAAUGCAGUGCUGUAAAUCUUUGUAAAUGUGUGUUGAUUAUUGUGUAGAGAAAAAAAAAAGGAGUGGGCUACGAUACGCACCAACAAAAAUCCUGUGUUAAUGAAAUCAGUGACUAAUGUGCAGCUCCCAGAGAC